AUGGCAAACUGGCAACAGUACAAUCCCUUUAGUAAGAGGGAAUCCCACUCCAGUAGUGCGAUCCUCACCUACAAGAUUCUUACUCUCGUAACCUGGAUCUUGUCCCUCGUCGUCACUGUCUACUACACCCUCAACCGUCCCGAUGAUGGGCACACGAGAAAUAGAAAGAUCUGGGAGCAGAACCACAUGUAUCGCACUGCCUUUACUCUGAACCCAAUCAUCACAUCUAUCUACUGGAUCGUUCUCUUCAUUCUCCAGGCUGGUUACGUUGGUCACCUAUUCUCGAGCAACACGGACAUUGUUCACGCUGCUGCCAGCGUCGGAAGCCACUUCAUUUUCAACAACCUCUUCCACUUCGCUUUUGUCAUGCUGUUUGUCCGCUCUCACUUCCACUGGGCUGAGGUCAUUCUCGUCCUCAACUUCAUCAACCUGUCCUCGCUCUACUUUCGCCAUAACACAUAUCCCCGAUUCAUUCAUACGCCUGUGGUGUCUGGACCUUUGGCUUGGACAUUCGUCGCCAUUUACUGGAAUGGCGCUCUCAUGGUUCCCCACCCUGACCACCUUGUUGCUCGCAUCUUUGGGAACAUCUUCAUCUGGUCCAUUCUUGUCUAUGGACUCUUCUUUAUCACCAUCUACAAGGACUACACCAUGGGCUUCUCACUGAGCGUCUUUGCUGCUGCAAUUGGAGUUUCUCAGUUCCUUCACCAAGUGAUUGCCUUCCAGUGGAUCUUUGCCUUUGUCAUAAUGGCUCUUCUUUUCAUCGCCACGGUCGUUGUCGCCGUUCCUGCCGCGACUGGCCGCGAGAUCAACUGGCGCAGUGCUCCUGCUGAUCAGGAGCGUGCCCCUCUUCUCGCAGAGAAUUGA